AUGUCUUUCAAUCAACCAGUUAUCUCCUUGAAAAUCACAGUCAUCGGCGCUGGAAUGGCCGGUCUCUCAUCAGCAAUAGCGCUCUCAGACAUAAAUCCUGACCACCAGAUUACAAUCCUGGAAUCAAACGCCUCUCUCAGCGAAAUUGGCGCCGGACUGCAACUCUUCGCAAACAGCACUCGCGUCCUUCACAAAUGGGGCCUAACACCGGCCCUGGAAAAAGUUGCCUUCCAGUCCUCUCACUUGUCAAUUCGCCGUUGGGAAGAUAACACAGAGCUGUCCGUCAACAUGAACAAUCCUUCCAGCACAUUGCUCUACGGCUGGCCCCAAUGGCAGAUCUACCGACCAGACCUGCAGAAAGUGCUCUUCGAACGAGUGAAACAGCUGCCCAACGUGUCGAUUUUAUUUGCGAAAUCCGUUAACACCGUGGACUAUGAGACCGGCACUGUCUAUACGGUAGACGGGGAGAUUUUCGAGGCAGAUCUUACCGUCGCAGCAGAUGGGAUCUGGUCUCGAUCCAGGCGAUGCUUGCCGGCGUCAAAGGAUGUGUCCCCAACGGCUUAUCGGGAACAUAACUACCGUGCUGUGAUUCCACGGUCGCGAAUGCUCUCCAAUACCAUUACUGCGCCUUUUAUAGCUUCCCCAGAGGCGAAAUUAUGGGUGGGGUCCGGCGUGUUUGUAUUGGGGUAUACAGUUGCCUCAGAGGAGUUGUAUAAUCUUGUUAUUGGUGUCCCACGGCCGAGCGAAGGAGUGCCCGUUGGGUCUUGGAAUCACCCUGCCAACAUUGAGACGAUGCGCGGGCUUGUAUCUGGGUGGUGUGAGGAAGUGCGAGCGCUGGCUUCUCUUGUUCAAGAGGACUGCGUUUCGUGGACCUUGGGCGAGGUGCCUCCUAUUCCCAGCUAUGUUAGUACAUCUGGAAGAGUAGCGCUGAUUGGGGACGCAGCGCAUGCUCUUCUUCCUCACGCUGCACAGGGGGCCGGAAUGGCGAUAGAGGAUUCGGCGAGUCUGGCGGAGUUUGUGGGACAUCUGAGGUCGACAGAGGAUCUGGCGAAGGUGAUGAGUGCUUGGAGCCAGUUUAGACAGGCUCGCGUGGAUCAUCUACGCAAUAUCAGCCGUGGCAAUGCCAGUGAUAUGACACUUCCGGAUGGAGAAUGUCAGAUUGUACGAGAUGAAAAAUGGAAUGCUAUUCGCGACAAGCAACAGGCACAGCUGGCUGAGCUUGGACUUGAGAAGGUGAGAGAGAAGAUGAUCCGGGAGAGACCCGCGCCUGAUCCAGCUUGUAAGAGCACGUUUGAGCCUGGUGGUAGAAUGUGGACCUAUGGAUUUGAUGUAAGUGAGGAAAGUAAAAAGUACUGUCGCGAACAUCUGGGACUGUAA